GCCUGGGACCCAAUGUCAAAUAAAAAUUGGAACGCCGGUUCAGCAUCUUAUGAACGAGAAGAUACAGUAACAUCUUUGUUGAAGCAAUCUCAAAAUGUAUACGAUCGUGCUUCCUAUAGUCCUUCCACUUAUAGGAGGCUACAUCGUCACUUCAGUCGUUCUUCUGCAUUUUCCAACGCUUCUUCAUCGUAAGAAAGAGAUCAAGUUCCACUGCAAGCACAUCAGUCACCGCGGAGGUGCUGCUGAAAAUCUAGAGAAUACCAUGACAGCUUACAAACAUGCAGUUCGUACUGGAACUCAGAUGCUAGAAAUUGAUCUGCAGCUGACGGCAGACAAGCAAGUUGUUGUCUGUCAUGAUAAUGACUUGUUGCGUGUAGCCGGUGUCAAGCAGUAUGUCUCGGAGCUGGAAUACAAGGAUUUACCACCGUUAAUGGAAAGGAUUCCAGUACAGUUCCAUCCAGGUGUGGUGUGUGAAGCAAAGAAUAAUGACCGCUGUAUACCUUUAUUAGAGACAGUGCUAUCUGAGUUCCCUGACAUGCCAAUAAACAUAGACAUCAAAUUUAACUCAGAUGAGCUUAUUGAAAAAACAAAUGAACUGAUUUUAAAGUACAAGAGAGAACACCUUUGUGUGUGGGGUAAUUUUAAUGCAGACGUUACACAAAGAUGCUACAAUCAUAACCCCAAUAUUCCUCUUCUGUUCUCCUUGAAACGGUGUGCAACUCUGUUACUGUUGUUCUACACUGGACUACUGCCAUUUGUGCCACUCAAAGAGUCCUUCCUAGAAAUCAUGUUACCAAAGACGAUGCUCAGGCGGUUUGAAGUUCCCAGAACUAUGAGAGCCAUCUGCUAUAUAGUUGAUUGGUUAAUGAUUAGACCCACAUUAUUUCAGCAUCUUGCAAAGAGGGGAAUACAGACAUUCUUAUGGGUACUGAAUGAAGAUGAUGAGUUUGAGUUGGCAUUUGAGAAGCUAAAGGUUGCUGGGGUGAUGACCGACUACCCAUCUAAGCUAUCUGAGUACCUAGAGAAGCAACAUGGAUUAACAGAACUUGGUAAUGAGCCUCUAUUGGCCAAUGAGCAGCCCCAGUAUCUGGAUGGAAAAUGAACUGGUUCUAGCUUCAUGUUUAUGGAGUAGGAAGUGUACACCAGGGUCAGCUUGGGUAGGGAAUGUUCGGUUGCCCAACUCCUAUGUAGUCAACAUAUUGGCCAAUGAGCAGUUCCAUUAUGUUUACUUAAUGUGAACGAAAUAGGAUGUGUACACCUGGGACGGC